GUCCCAGUAGCCCGUCCCAGGCGAACCUUUUGUAUGCUCUGCAUCUCGGAAAGGAAGCUCGAAGGACGCACAAGCAAAUAACUCCAUCGUAGCUCCUGUAGUCCCUGCCUUUCCCCGCGCCGGUGUCCUCACGAUGCUACCAUGGUCGCAUGGGAGGAGGAGGUGUUGCGGUGCGUCUUCGCCGCAGGGACCCGCGCAAGACGAGAAAGCUUAUCGCCCUCAUGGACGCUCCAGGAGAAAGUGGAAGGUGGAAACGUGGAACCUGGAACUUGGGAUGGAAGUGGGAAGCGGGAACUGCUUCCUGCCGACCGCAGAUGCCAUGCAUUCGGCGAGUCAAAAUGAAUAAAUAGCUAACUCUCUCCCCAUGGUUACGUCCACCGAUUGAGCGCUCUAGGUUGUUAUCUGUAGCAAUUGGUCUCGAUCUCGACGCCAUCCCAAAGCACGAUCCAUUGUGAACGCUGUUCAAGAUCGCUGCGGCAGCAUAGCUUGACACGAAGAUGCGGAGCAGCAUCCUUGCGACCUCGGCGCUCCUUGCUGGGGCCGCAGAGCUCGCCGCUGCCGACUGCGCGGCCGACAACUGCCUGAGAGCCCUCCGGGCGACGCAGACUCCUGGGCGCCUUGCCAGUGCCCAGUCCUUCUGUGCGACCUUUACCACGGCCUCGGUCGCGGCCACCGCCAUCCCGUCCUACGCCGCCAACAACUGCAAGGAUAACCAGAAUGGGGACCUGUAUUACCGCAUCUCAAGUGCUUGCUCGUGUGUCGAACCCGCGUCCACUACACCGGUGACCACACCUACCACGGGGCCAACGGCGGCAGCGUGCGCCUUGGUCAGCAGCUCAUGGGCAGCACAAAUCUCUGCCACUCCUACUCCCACCGUGGCUGCAGAGCUCGCACAUGAGUGCCUUAACUCGAUUCCGCUGGACAAGGCUGGCGCCAUUGCACUUGUCGAGUCCAUCGAGCCAUACCUGGAGUGGCAGAGUGAUGCCCCCUACAAGGCGAACCCCCCCGCGGACUACUUCUACCCGGGCUAUGACAUUUUUGCUGCUCUGGCCAAGGUCAAGUCAAACCUCGAGGCCGACAAAUAUGCCAGCGAGUAUGCCUUCCAGCUGGACCUGUACGUGACUGUCUUCGGACCAGGACACGACGGCCAUUUCGUCUUCUACCCGGAUGCCCUGACUCGCGUGUUCGAGUGGAGGCGCCAGCGGUCUCUGGUUUCCAUCAGCGAGGAUGGCAAAUCCUUGCCGGUGAUCAAGGUCUACGAGGACGUCAUAUCUGCGCCGGACAAGGCAUCCGUCGUCAAGCUGAUCAACGGCGUCGACGCCGCCAAGUACAUCGAAGACACCAUCAACACGGCGACAUACAACCAGGAUGUCGACUCGGCGUACAACUCCAUGUUCUUCGAGAAGGCAAACUUCGCCAGCACAGGUUCCAAAGGGUACUUCUCGGAUGGUGGUCGGAUCCGGUAUAUUUACCAGGGCCCUAGCACCACCUUCACGUUUGAGAACGGGACCGUCCUCACGCUGGAGAACAAGGCGGCCGUGAAAACGGACAUGAGCGGCGUUGUUGACGGCAGUUCUUUCUACUCCAAGUUCUGCAAUCCCAAGAAGGCGAGUGUCGAGGGUGCCACUGCCGAGAUCGCCGCAGCUGGCGAAGGUGUGACCGUGCCCGGCUACCCCAAGCCCGUCAUCAUCACCGACGACGGUGUUGUCUCGGGCUACUACCUCACGGGCGAGGGCUUCGAAGACGUGGCCGUGAUCGCCCUCCUCGCGUUCGAGAACGAGCUGCCGGCCGAGUUCCAGGAGACAUGUGCAUCUUUCUUUGCCCAGGCCGUCGCCGCCGGCAAGACGAAGCUGAUCAUCGACUUCCAAGCAAAUGGAGGAGGCUACAUCUUGCAAGGAUACGAUUUCUACCGGCAGUUGUUCCCCCAGGUCCAGGAGGACGGCUUCAGUCGCUGGAAGGGCAACGACGCUUUCAUCAGCAUUGCCCACCUCAUUAGUGACGAGGUGGCCAAUCUCAACCCCUACACCAGCGGCAAUCGCAACCAGAUCAACGACUACGAGAGCUGGUUCAACUACCGCUACGACCUGAACCUGACAAACCAGAACUUCCUGACCUUCGAGGACAAGUUCACGCCCCACAUCCACCGCGACACGCCGUACACGGCGCUUAUGCGCUGGAACCUCACUGACCCGCUGACGACGGUCAACGACACCUUCGGCAUGGGCAUGGAGAUCUCGGGCUACGGCUCGCUGGCCAACCUCACACAGCCAUUCGAACCCGAGAACAUCGUCAUGCUCUACGACGGCGUGUGCGCCUCGACCUGCACCCUCGCCUCGGAGAUGCUCCGCAUCCACGGCGGAGUCAAGUCUGUGGCCCUAGGCGGGCGGCCCAAGGCGGGGCCGAUCCAGGGCGUCGGGGGCGUCAAGGGCGCGCAGGUCCUGCAGUUCUCCAACAUCUACAGCUACGCGACCAAGGCGCUCGGGUCGGCGCGCGACGCGGCCCAGCGCGCGGCGCUGUCGCGCUACUCGGACCUGCCGAUGCGCCGCAGCACGGCGGCGGCCGUCAACGUGCGCGACCAGAUCCUGCGCGACAACGUCGACGACGGCGUGCCGGCCCAGUUCGUCGCAGAGGAGGCCGACUGCCGCCUGUACUGGACCCUGCCCAUGGUCGGCGACGUGUCCGAGGCAUGGAGGGCCGCCGCAGACGCGGCGUUCAAUGGGGCCAAGUGCGCGCACGGCGGCAUCGCGGCGCCCAAGAAGGCGAGGACGACGCGCGUGGGCGCUGGGGUUGCGCCGGUUGUGGUGCCGCGGAAGGGCGGCUAUGCGGGCCGCAAGGUGCCUGUUGAUGAUCCGAGCUGGAGGGCUGUGCACCAGCUGAAGGCCGUGCCUUGAGGUGGUUAAUAGUAAUGGCAUAUAGCAUGGGAGCAUGGGAGCCGGAAAGCACGUGGAGACAUAAUUUCAUGGUGUGUGACGGGAUGUGUAUUCUAGAGAUAGGUAUGCAUAAAGAAGAGAGUCAUUGCAAGCUCAUGAUCUUAUUUGAUCUCUCCUCGUGUUGGACGAACAUCUCGACAGAGGAGUUCAUGCACUCGAACAGGUUCGCAAGAUCUAGGUUGAAGCUGCCCGGCACCAAGGGCUGUGUCUGUAUCCCCGUUGGCGGGCUCGCCGUUGCCAUCGAAUGCCCAUAUCCACCGAGGGUACCGACGCGUUUCACUGCGAGGGUUGACCGGGUUGACCGGUAGAAGCGCUUCGCGGGAUGGCCGCCAGUUGAAGGCGGAGACUCGGAAGGCUGAAUAGGCGCGGGA